AUGGAAGAUUGUUGCAACUGUUUCUCUUUAAAGAAGGUGAGUUUCGUAAAUAAAAACAUUGUCUGUCCAUUUCACCAUUUGAAAGGUUUCACUAACCAGGCUAAACUAACCAGUCGGGCCAACCAAAUGAACCAAUUGGCUGGGCUGUUUGAAACUGUCAAUCAGAUGCUUCAAUCAGAUGCUGUUGACAAACAUGAAAUAUCUGCAAGUGUUACUAAUAUCUUGACAAUGGACACAGUAUUUAUAUAUGAUACAUAUUGCUUGUUUGUUGUGGGAAUGCAUGCACUUGAUCUGCACAUGCUCAGAGGAGAUCCAGAUACACUUUAUAUCAUAACUUCAAUAAAAUGACUGUUUGCAAAAUUACUGGAGCAUAACAUAAUAUGUGUAUAGCUGCCAUAGACUCAUUCAUUCUGACUUAAGCAUUUCUGUCUCUUUUCAAAAGGCUGAAGUUGACACUAUACAUACUUUUAAUGCUGUGCUUCAGUAAUUCUGCAAGUUGAAUAUGAAUGCUAAUAUUUUAAUAUUUCAUUUCAGCAACUUGAAGAUUUAAAGCAAAAACACCUCCUGGAUUUUAGAACAAUUAAACAGAAGAUCAUUUCUACAGAGUACGACAACCACUAAACAUAUUAUUUGCACGAUGUACCAUUAAUAUUUGUUCUUAUAUUUUCUAUUAAUAUUUCAUUUCCAUUGCAGUUCACUAAUCAGGUCAUAUCAAGAGAAAUGCCAAGAUAUCCUUUUUAAUCAAUAUUGA